AUGUGUAAGAGAAAGAGAAGUUUGGAAGAAGAGGGAGAACAACAACAACAAAAACCAGGACAGUGCUCCAAUGUGUUUGUCAGUUUCUCAAAGAGACGUACAGGGCUUUUCCAUAAGGCAAGUGAAUUAUGUGUCAAGUUCGGCGCUCAAAUCGCCAUUGUCAUCUUAUCACCAACAGACAAUCCUUAUGCUUUCGGUCACACUUCAGUGGAUGAAGUUCUUCAACACUACCUUCAUCAAACUACAAUCAUUCCCCGUUGCCUCACUGAUGAACACAAACACCAAAACCAGAGAAUUGAAGGUCUCAAGUACAGCCGAAAGCAAGAGCGGAAACUAGAGAGUAUGGAUGAGGAAAGUAAGGUGGUGAUGGGACUCAAGCAUUGGAUUGAGAAUGAGGUUGAAGCUGAUUGUAAGACUAGUACUGAUGUGGAAGAGUUGGAGUUUUUGAAGCAAAAAUAUUUGGUAUUGCUUGACCAAAUUAAUCAGAGAAUAUUGGGGUCUGUGGAAAAAGGAAAAGAAGAAGAUAUUGUUAGUAUUGACAGCAAUUCUUUCAGUACUGAUGAAGUGUUUACUAGUAUUGAUAGCACUCCUUUCAGCACUGAAGAAGGGUACUUUGACUUUGAUACCACUCAUUUCAGCACUGAAGAAGAGUACUUUGACUUUGAUACCACUCAUUUUGAGGAAGAGUUUGGUAUUUCCUUAGCUGAUUUAUGGUCUUGA